AUGGAUUCUCCAUGUAGGUUUCAGAACACUUUAUCCCCUUCUCCUUACGGGAACCAGAUCCCAAACAACAAUUCUUUAAUGAUAUCAACAUUUGAUCAUCAGCAAGAAAGACAUUUUCUAAAUCAUCAGCAAGACAUUGACGAGAUGUUCCUAACAGCUUCCUAUCAGCUGAUUCCCAAUUCCUUUCUACAGCAAAACCCGGAAAUCACCGGACACACCUCAAGCAUGCUAUCUACAAAGUGGAAGAGUCCAAUGUUAGAGAGAUUGAGAGACUACAACACAGUCCAUGCGAUGCAACAUCGACAUAUCGAAGACCGAUCCCUAUGCCAAUCACAGAAUUCUGGUUUUGGACAUUCCGAAAACUAUUUUUUCGGCACUGGAAAUCGACACCCCAUUUCAUCAUACCAAGUAAGCAAAGAAUUAACGACAAAUGCACAAUCUACAAUACAGCCUCCAAAUCACAUUUUGUCCAAGAACAAGGGCAGAAGGGACGAAAGUGAAAGUAUGUCAUGCGCAGUGUGUGGAGACAAGGCCCGGUGUCAACACUAUGGUGUUAGAACUUGUGAGGGCUGCAAGGGAUUUUUCAAAAGGACUGUGCAGAAGAACCCUAAUUAUGUCUGUACAGGAAACAAAAAAUGUAAGAUCAAUAAAGACCAGAGAAAGCGUUGCCAGAGCUGUCGAUUCCAAAAAUGUUUGUCAGUGGGAAUGAACAAGGAAGAGAGACUGGCCUUCAUUUGA